CUCCGGUUUAUUAAAUUAGAAAACCCGAAAAGCCUUUAACCGACGCGAAAAAGUGUUAAAACCCAAAUCACAUGACACACGGCUGCGACUGCGAGCAUCUAAACCCCCUAAAACCCUAGAAUCAAAAUCGCUCUCGGAGAGAAAUUGUAACGGAGAUGGAUCACAUAGCAGCGGCGGAGGAGCAAAUUGUAAAUGGGAGGAUUAAAAGAAGACUCGAAGAAGUUAACGCUGCUGCUCAGUCGCAGCUCUCUCCUAUUCAAGAUCAUCUCAAUUUCACCCUUCAGCAAGCAUAUUUUAAAUGUGCGUACGAGUGCUUUGACAGAAGUAGGACGCAAGAGGAGAUAGCUAACUGUGUUGAGCGCUGCAGUGUUUCAGUUGUCAAUGCUCAACAACAUUUCCAAGGCGAAAUGGCUCAGUUUCAGGAAAGGAUGAGCAGAUCUCUCAUGGUCUGUCAAGACAAAUUUGAGGCUACAAAGCUCCAUAAGAACAGGGUUGAUGCCGCAAAAGCUAUGGAGGUUUGUGUGAACACAUCCAUCGAGGAUAAUCUGGAUACAUUGCCUCAUAUUGUGCAGAGAAUGAAGACGUCAUUCUCUAUUGUCGACUAAUAAUCCUCUGUUUUUUUUUUUUUUUUUGGGUUAAAACUAAUAAUCCUCUGUUGUCUCUUGCUAAUCAUAUUUAUGCCUUUUCAUUAUCACUCAAUAGAUAAACACCAUGAAUGGUAGGAGUUAGGCAGUGGUUAUGUAUUAUCAGACUAAAAGUUAAACAAAGAUUAUAAAGAUCUUGAACAACAAGCUUUUCACAA